AUGUUGAAGGACCGUGGUGUAUUGGCCAGAGCCAAGUGGCUUACUUUGGACUCCCGCUCCCCCGACGAAAGGUACCCUCCGAGGCCGCAUAGUGAUUCUCAGUCUGUUCUCACUUCAAGUCUUAGUCACCGAUUGUACCUCUCCUGCGCCAAUUCCCUCUCCGCCCUCUUCAUUCUCCGCCCGGAGUCGCCAUGCCACCAUGCUGCCAUGUGGUUACACAACCCGACUCAUGCAAGACCUCGUCAUCUGACAGGUUUGCGUGCAUCCCUACACGGCAAGCCUGGUCUCUAG